UUUCCGGGCGGCCACCUCCGACCGAGCCGAGCUAGAAGCCAGGACUGAGCGGGGCCGCCAGGGUCCAGCCGUGGCUGCGGCGAGUUACACCGUCCUCCGACCUGUCCGCUCCGCCGCGGCCCCGACCGCCAGCAUGUUCCGGAUGCUGAACAGCGGGUUUGAGGAUGACCCCUUCUUCUCUGAUUCUUUUCAUGCACACCGAGAAAGUAUGCGACAGAUGAUGAGAAGUUUUUCUGAACCUUUUGGAAGAGACUUGCUUAGUAUCUCGGAUGGUAGAAGAAGAGCUCAUAAUCGUUCAGGACGUGAUGAUGGGGGAAAUUUUUUGACUGCAGUGAAUUCUCUUGUGCCUUUUGGCAGUUUUGGUGGUAUGCAUACAGAUGUCAGCCCUUUUCAGGCAAUGGACCGAAUGAUGUUAAAUAUGCGAAACAGUAUGCAGGAAUUACAAAGAAACUUUGGUAACCUUUCAAUGGAUCCAAAUGGGCAUUCGUUUACUUCUUCCUCAGUUAUGACUUAUUCCAAAGUAGGAGAUGAACCGCCAAGGGUUUUCCAGGCCUCAACUCAAACCCGUCAGGCUCCCGGCGGAAUAAAGGAAACUAGGAAAGCAUUGAGAGAUUCUGACAGUGGACUAGAAAAAAUGGCUGUUGGUCAUCAUCUCCAUGACCGAGCUCAUGUUAUCAAAAAAUCAAAGAACAACAAGACUGGAGAUGAAGAGGUCAACCAGGAGUUCAUCAAUAUGAAUGAAAGUGAUGCUCAUGCUUUUGAUGAUGAGUGGCAAAAUGAGAUUUUAAAGUACAAACAAGGGAGACAGUGGUGCAAUCUGGAAAACACCAGGAUGCGAAGUGUUGGGCAUGAAAAUUCAGGAGCCCGAGAACUUAAAAGAAGGGAGAAAUCUCAUCAAUGUCCAGGCAUUGAACGUGGAAGAAGAUCAAAUGUUUUCGUGGACAAACUCAACAUCAAAGGAUCACCUGUGAAAAUCAACAAAAAAUAAACAGCCUUGCAUUUGAUGUGUUCAGUGUAGAUUGUUUUACAGAGAAAGUAAUGGUGCUGGGUAAUACACAUAAGACCAAUCUCCUGUUGUUAAAUCAGUACUGUACUUAGCAACUUUCUUCUGAUAUCUCAGUGUUCAUGGAAGGCCAAGCAUUGUGUUGUCCCUACUUUAGAAAUAAAACUUUGAUUUUCAGCCAUGUGGCAAAGUUGUUAAAUAUUUAAUCAAACUCUUCACUUUAAAUCAGACUAAUUUUCAAAGCUCACGUGCUGAUUUUGCUUUCCCGGUUAUUUUCCUGUUGGCUGUGUAUUCUUUUAUACAGGAUUGAAUGUGGCACUAGUUCUAUAUAAUUAGUUUUAAGAAAAUUAAAUGUUUAAAAAAUUGUCUCAAUUUUCAUUUAACACUACUCGAGGGUCAUGUUAACGAGGUUAAAAUCAUUUACUUCAAAUUUUACAAUGUGUUAUGUAGCCAGCUAGCUUAAAGAUUUCUUAAAAAUAAAGCAGAACUAUAUUAGUA